UCUACCCAAUAAAAAGACGAAACGGGACUUUCCUUGUUGUCUGUGUGUUUUAUAAAAGCAACCUCAAUAGACUAAACCCCAAGCAACAAGAGAAACCAAGAGACAAUAGAAAGUAGAAGAAUGAAACUGGUUUGGUCUCCUGAAACUGCAUCUAAGGCUUACUUAGACACCGUUAGAUCUUGCGAGAAUCUUGAAACACCUGACGCGGCAGAGCUAAUAUCGGCGAUGGCGGCCGGAUGGAACGUGAAGCUGAUCGUGGAAACUUGGUCAUACGGAGACGCUAUAGCCUCGAGUGUUGGCUUAAACGUCGCGAGCCAACACGCGAACGCGAAACACAUAUGCAUCGUACAAAACACGUUAUCAGAAUCAUCUUAUCUCCAAGCCAUUCAAGAAUCUUCAUCUCUCUUGAACUUACCAGAGACGAUCAUCGCUGAAGCCCCUCAAAGCGCGAUGAAGGAGAUACAAGGAAUCGACUUCUUGGUCGUGGAUUGGCGGAACAAGGAGUUCGCAGCGGGUGUGUUGAGGAACGCUGCGUUUGGAAGCAGAGGAGCGGUUGUGGUUUGUAGAAAUAUGUAUUCGAGAAGUGCUUCAGGUUUUAGCUGGACAAGGGCUUUAAUAGACCGGGAAGUUGUUAGAACGGUGACUCUUCCGGUCACUGGAGGUAUUGAGAUAGCUCAUGUGGCGGCUAGGAACUCGGGGAAGAGUGAGAACAAGAAGAGAAGAUGGAUCACACAUGUUGAUCAGGAAUCGGGAGAGGAACAUGUAUUUAGUAUUUAGAAAGUUAAGAUACAAAGAAAAAUGUGAGAAAUGUUUAUUUUACUUUUUGUACAUAAGAUUCCAUAGAUGCUAUUGUAUAUCGUCUUGUCUUAGACAUCAGCUAUAACUGAUGAUAUGAAAAAGUGUGUUGAUCUUAGAAUGAGCGUUCGUGUUUAUGCCUAAGUAAACAUGAAUGCUCAAAAACAGUUGGACAGGCACAUUCACAUAUCUUCCUUUCUUGGGGUAGAAGAAACAAACAAU